CCCCUGUGUGGCCUGGGCCAGGUGGGCCCCUCUGCGGAGUGGUACAGCUCAGGAGGAGGAGGAGUCUGGUUACGUCCUCCGUCUUGGGAGCCGCUGGCACGCCAAGUGGAUCCAGACACACGGCGCUCUCCUGCACCGGCGGGAUGACACGAUGCCUCUGCAAAGGUGAUCUCGUCGGAUCCCGAACCCGAACCAUUCCCCUCGGACCAUGGACGUGAAAAGUUAGAUCACGAUUUUACAUUUAAAACAUAAAAAUGGCUCCUGUUUUUUGCUUCCAAGCGGGCGAGGAGGAGGAGGUGAGCGCCUGGUGAGAGCGGCUCAAGAUAGAAGCGCUUUCCUGGGAGGAGGUGGAGGAGGGCGGACGACGACGCUCGUCUCUUAAGCCGAUAAACAAAAGGGAAAUCAAGCUAUUUUUAUCCGGGCUGCUCGGCCGUCCUCCGGUAGCACCAUGAGCAGCGGGCAGGAUGAGAGCUCGGUGCGCGUCGCCCUGAGGAUUCGUCCUCAGUUGGCCAAGGAGAAGAUUGAGGGCUGUCACAUCUGCACGUACGUGAUGCCCGGGGAGCCCCAGGUGUUUCUGGGUAAGGACAAGGCCUUCACCUAUGACUACGUCUUCGACAUGGACUCCCAGCAGGAGGCCAUCUACUCGCACUGCACCGAGAAACUCAUCGAGGGCUGCUUCGAGGGCUACAACGCCACCAUCUUCGCCUACGGACAGACAGGCUCGGGGAAGACGUACACCAUGGGAACCGGCUUCGACGUCAGCAUCGGAGACGACGAGCUGGGCAUCAUCCCCCGCGCCGUCAACCACCUGUUCAGGGGCAUCGAGGAGCGCCGACAGGCCGCCAGCGAGCAGGGCAGGCCUGUCCCCGAGUUCAAGAUCAACGCACAGUUCCUGGAGCUGUAUAACGAGGAGGUGCUGGACCUGUUCGACUCCGCGCGAGACAUCGAGGCCCGGAAGCAGAGAUCCAACAUCAAGAUCCACGAGGACGCCAACGGAGGCAUCUACACCGUGGGAGUCACCACUCGCACCGUCACCUCCGAGGCCGAGAUGAUGCAGUGUCUGAAGCUGGGCGCUCUGUCUCGCACGACCGCCAGCACCCAGAUGAACGUCCAGAGUUCGCGCUCCCACGCCAUCUUCACCAUCCACCUGUGCCAAGUUCGUGUCUGCACCCCCGAUAACAACGACAACGCGACAGACAACCGUCUAGCUAACAGCCCCGAGAUGAACGAGUUUGAGACGCUGACAGCCAAGUUUCACUUUGUGGACCUGGCCGGCUCGGAGAGGCUCAAGAGGACGGGGGCGACCGGAGACCGAGCCAAAGAAGGCAUCUCCAUCAACUGCGGGCUGCUCGCCCUGGGAAACGUCAUCAGCGCUCUGGGAGACAGGAGUAAGCGCUCCACCCAUGUGCCUUACAGAGACUCCAAACUCACACGGCUGUUACAGGACUCACUAGGUGGCAACAGUCAAACGGUGAUGAUCGCCUGCAUCAGCCCGUCAGACCGGGAUUUCAUGGAGACCCUGAACACGCUGAAGUACGCCAACCGGGCCAGAAACAUCAAGAACAAGGUGGUGGUGAACCAGGACAGGGCCAGCCAGCAGAUCAGCGCCCUGCGGACGGAGAUCGCCCGCCUGCAGAUGGAGCUGAUGGAGUAUAAGACGGGUAAGCGUAUGGUGGGUGAAGACGGCAUGGAGGGCAUCAACGACAUGGUGCACGAGAACUCCAUGCUGCAGACGGAGAACAACAACCUGCGGGUGAGGGUGAAGGCCAUGCAGGAGACCAUCGACGCCCAGAGAGCCAGGCUCACCCAGCUGCUCAGCGACCAGGCCAACCAGGUUCUGGCCAAAGCAGGUGAAGGAAAUGAGGAGAUCGGGAACAUGAUCGAGAACUACAUCAAGGAAAUCGAGGAGCUCAGAGCCAAACUUCUGGAGAGCGAGGCUGUGAACGAGAACCUGAGGAAGAGCCUGUCCCGGGCCGCCGCCCGCUCCUCGCUGUACGGGGGCCCCGCCUCCUUCAGCCCCGCGCUCCUCGCCCCCGAGAAGGAGGCCAGCGACAUCAUCGAGAUCGCCAAGAAAAACCUGGAGAAGCUCAAAAAGAAGGAGAGGAAGAAGAAGAAGAGACUGAGGCGAUACGAGGAGAAUCACCACCAAGAGCUCUUACAUGCCAGUGUGGUCAAGGAGGAGGUGCCAGACAACGAGCAGGAGCAGGGCGCCGAGGAGGCCGAGGGGCAAGAGGCCAGCGACCACGAGGAAGGCGAGGACGCGGAGGGAGAGGAGGAAGACUUCGACAUGGAGGGAGAGGACAGCACAGAAGAGUCUGACUCUGAGGAGCUGGAUGAGAAAGAGAACGUGCAGGCGGACCUGGCCAACAUCACCUGUGAGAUCGCCAUCAAGCAGAAGCUGAUCGACGAGCUGGAGAACAGCCAGCGGCGCCUGCACACACUCAAACAGCAGUACGAACACAAGCUGAUGAUGCUGCAGAGCAAGAUCAGAGACACACAGCUGGAGAGGGACAAGGUGCUGCACAACAUGGGUUCGGUGGAGUCGUGCACGGAGGAGAAGGCCAAGAAGAUCAAGGCGGAGUACGAGAGGAAGCUGAGCUCCAUGAACAAAGAGCUGCAGAAGCUGCAGUCGGCCCAGAAGGAGCACGCUCGCCUGCUGAAGAACCAGACGCAGUACGAGAAACAGCUCAAGAAACUGCAGCAGGACGUGACCGAGAUGAAGAAGACCAAGGUGGGGCUGAUGCGUCAGAUGAAGGAGCAGCAGGAGCGGAGCAGAGCAGCCGAGUGCAGGAGGAACAGAGAGAUCGCCUCUCUGAAGAAAGACCAGCGGCGGGCAGAGCACCAGCUGAGGCAGCUUGAGGCCCAGAAGAGACAACAAGAGCUGAUCUUACGCCGGAAGAAUGAAGAGGUGACAGCCCUGAGGCGCCAGGUGAGGCCGACCUCUGGUAAGGUGACCAGGAAGGUGAGUUUACCUGAUGCGCUCCAGGACCCGUCACACCGAGGCGCCCCGGGGCGGCCGCAGUCCUCCGGAGCAGCACCCUCCAAUGGAGCCAGGAAAUCCCCAGUGCGGAUGGGCAGCACGUACUCCAGCAGGACCGCCAGGGCCAAGUGGCAGUCACUGGAGAGACGCAUCACUGACAUCAUCAUGCAGAGGAUGACCAUUUCCAACAUGGAGACGGACAUGAACCGACUGCUGAAGCAACGCGAGGAGCUGACCAGACGCAGGGAGCGCCUGUCCAGGAAGAAGGAGAAGAUGGCGGUGGACGGGGCCGACGCCGACCGCUCCCUGGCCUCCCUGAGCGAGGAGAUGGAGUCACUGAGCGCCAACAUCGACUACAUCAAUGACAGCAUCGCCGACUGCCAGGCCAACAUCAUGCAGAUGGAGGAGGCCAAGGAGGAAGGAGACACAGUGGACGUUGCCGCGGUGAUCAGCUCCUGUAACCUAUCAGAGGCUCGCUUCCUCCUGGACCAUUUCAUGUCUCUGGCCAUCAAUAAGGGUCUGCAGGCGGCUCAGAAGGAGUCCCAGGUGAAGGUGAUGGAGGGCCGGCUCAAGCAGACGGAGAUCAACAGCGCCACCCAGAACCAGCUGCUCUUCCACAUGCUGAAGGAGAAGGCCGAGGUCAACCCGGAGCUGGACGCCCUGCUGGGCAACGCCCUGCAAGAGUUAGGUUACCUGUCCGCAGAGAAUGGAGAUGACAGCAGCAGUGAUGAGUCCACGCCGAGUCCGGCCACAGAGGGCAGCACCUUGGCAUCAGAUCUGAUGAAGCUUUGUGGUGAAUCCAGGCCCAGAAGUAAGGCUCGGAGGCGGACCACCACCCAGAUGGAGCUGCUGUAUGCCAGCAGUGGCGAUCUGUCCUGCGAGUCCCCCACCGGCGACUUCUCCGCCCCCCUGCUGCUGGAGGCGCCGGCCGACCUGCAGCCUGACCGCGAGCAAGCCGUUUCCCCGACUGCCAUGUCUGCCAGGGCAGCUGGCAUCUCUGGCUCCAGGUCUCCGACAGGGACAGAGAAGAGGUCACUGGAGCGCUCGCCGCUCACCCGCAGGAAGGUGCAGGACAGAGGAGCCACACCCACACACAUCCCGGCGCCCACACUGACAUCCACACACUCGCCUCCGGUUGGCACAGCAGAGCCAACCAAGACCAAAGGCACCGACUACAAAACGCUGCUGGAGGAGUCACCUCUGUUUGAAGGCCACAGAGGUGUGAUCAACCCCGUGGCGGCCCCUAAGAGCAGCCGAGGGGCCAAACUUCAGUGUGUGUACGUGGCCGAGGGACACACCAAGCCAGUCCUCUGUGUAGAUGCCACUGAUGACCUGCUCUUCACAGGAUCUAAAGAUCGAACAUGUAAGGUGUGGAACUUGGUGACGGGUCAGGAGAUCAUGUCUCUAGCGGAGCAUCCCAGCAGCGUCGUCUCAGUCAGGUACACCUCCAGCCUUGUCUUCACUGUCUCCACUGCUUACAUCAAAGUCUGGGACAUACGGGACUCUGCCAAGUGUAUACGCACACUCACGUCGUCAGGCCAGGUGAGUUCAGGCGACAGCUGCUCGGCUGUGAGGAGUUUAACCAUCCCACCAGGAGAGAGCCAGAUCAACCAGAUCGCCCUGAACCCCUCUGGCUCCUUCCUGUACGCUGCUGCGGGCAACGCCGUGCGCAUGUGGGACCUCCGCAAGUUUGUGUCCACAGGGAAGCUGACGGGCCACUUGGGACCGGUCCUGUGUCUGACCGUGGAUAAGUUGGGGACCGGACAGGACGUCGUGCUCACUGGCUCCAAAGACCACCAUAUUAAAAUGUUUGAGGUGGCCGAGGGCUCCCAGGGCAGCGUCACCUCCAGCCACAGCUUUGACCCGGCCCAUCAGGACAGCGUCGAGUCUCUGGCCGUGCACGGAGACGUUUUCUACAGCGGCUCCAGAGACUACUACAUCAAGAAAUGGGACCUGGCCAGCAAGCGCCUGCUGCAGCAGUCUGUCAGUGCCCAGGCCGACUGGGUGAGUGCCCUUGGCGUGGUGCCCGGCUCCCCGGUGCUGCUCAGUGGCUGCAGAGGAGGGCUGCUGCGCCUUUGGCACGCCGACUCACUAGCGCCCCUCGGCGAGGUCCGGGGACACGACAGCCCCAUCAACGGCCUGGCCACUAACAACAGCCAACUGUUCACUGCCUCAGAUGACCGGACAGUGAAGGUUUGGGAAGCAAAGGGAUCUCUGGAGGAAGGAGUCCACUGACACUGAAUCUUGAUGAGGGAGAACCGUGAAAUCACUGAUGUGCAGUGACCUGCAACCAGUAAAACACAAUCCGCUGUAAAACGACUGAUCUUCUCCUCAUAAACCUGACCAUCUCUGAUGUGGUUAACCGUGGGAUGGAAAUCCAAAGUGGGUCUUGGACCUGACGGAGGAUUUUUAUUCAGCUCAGGUCCUGGGCGAAAACGAGUCUUUCGUCCCAGCACUUCUCCAGCUGAAGAGAGGAAAAGAGACAAAAUGGAUCCACCACUGAUGUCCGGCAGCCAUCAGUUUCAGGGAAGCUUGCUGUAACUUCAUCAAAUGUAACUGCACUCAGUCUUCAAGGAUGAAUGCAGGUACGGAUAUUUUUAGGUCUAGAUAGACCAGCACAAGUAGAAGAAUUGCAGUGUCUCAUUGUCAUAAUGAGACAUAUGAAACAGUUUUUUAAUUGAAUAUCAAACACAACAGAGCAGAAAUAGCAGAAAUAGUGACUUAUGGGUUCAUGUCAGUGAAGUCAAUUAAGCUGUUUCUGUUCUUUAAACUUGACUCAACAUUCCUCGAACUCAGUCCAGUGCAAGACAACAUGGAUACCUGCUAUGCACACAUUGACAUUCAUGGGAAAUGCUGAGAUAAACAAAACCAAGAGAUGUCAUUUGAGAAAUCAGAUUUUGAUGGAGUGGCACCACCUAAUGUUAGAAAUCACGAGUGUGUCUGAGGAUAAAUGUUCACACUUCUGCUUCCUGCGUGUCCAGUUUCCUUUAUUUACCACCAAUAACUGUGUCUAUCCUGAUUGUUCAGAUGAUGUGUGAUGUGUCAGUGUUUUCCGUUUAUUCUUGGCGUUCCUCUACAGGUCACUGAGGCUAAGUAUUGGACCAAAAAACUACUGAAAUGAUGCAUGGUCUUAAUCUUCAGCUGUUACUGCCAUAGUCUCAUGCCAAGGACAACAUGAGAGGCCUCAAACUAAAUUUAUUGUGCUCUUUUUUCACAGGGUUCCUACACAUCUUCCAUUUCAUAAUUUGCGGAUUUAUUGAUUGCUGAACACAAACAAAAAAAGUGAGCUGAUAAUGCCUGGCAAAAAGGCCAAAGUUCCUGUUAACUAAGCUCAAAACAAAAAAAACACAAUUCCCAAGUGAUUCAAGACCUGAAAAUUAUUUAUUUGAAUACCCAUACUUUUCCAAAUUUGUGUAAGAACCCAUUUUUUUCUUGUAAGGAAGAAUAACCUUUACACCCAUAUCUGGAAAAAAUAACUAAAAAAUGUGGACGCAUUGUCUUGCAAAAUUUAUUUUGGGCAACAUCUGUCCAAACCUUUCACUACAGUUUCAGUAUGGCCGACUGGAGAAACAGGGUCUUUUCUCUGGUCAGCAGCUGUCUUUCUAGAUUCAGUAUCCUCUAGUAAAAUGUCUUCAAGGCCAGCGACAGUUUGCCAAAUCAGCUGCAGCCUUAAGCAGUGCUUUUGUUUUCUGCAAUUAUUACUUUUCCUCCUCCGUACGCAGCCCUGUGUCUCCCAUGGCCUACAUCUCUUAGGGCUGCCAAGUACAUUUUCUCACAUCCGGGAGUUUGCUGCUUCACAUGAAAAGGUUAUUCAUAGUUUUUAUAACCUUUUGUGUGCAAGUCUUGCCACCAAAACCACUGCUUUGACCGCAGAUGUUUUGGGAAACUUUUGCCAGAGCCUUGUAAUAGCAUGCAGUCAUCAGCAUAAGUAUUGAUAUGGUGAGAUAAAGCUGGCUUUUUGCUGCUGUCAGUAUUUCAGCACUGUUUAAUGAGAAGGCUAAUGAAGUCACCAAAACAGAAAGCCUUUUAAAAUGCACCUUUGUCAUUUUAAUGUAAAAAUACUACUCUUCAGCCAACAGCAAAACCAAACUCACUGUCCCAGUAUUUAUUGCUUUAGACUGUGUAAAGGUACAAACAAGAGCCGUUAUGAGUGGUAGUCUUUGUUGUUGUAAUAAUGGGAAUGUAAAUUCAUCCAUGUUGUCAGAAUGAAGCACCUUGUUAAGUCAUGAAACACUCGUGUACUGAUCUACGUGAACAUAUCUGAUGUGUUUUUAAGCGUCAAACGAUGCAAAAAGUUGUACUUCAUUCCUUUGUCCAUCCAAAUACUGUCGACCUCUGCAGUCUUACAAUCCGUAAAUUCUACACAUGCUGCAUAUGAGCAUUCAGAGCAUCGUUCGGUCUUUUAAUUUGAGUCUAAAAUGUAUUUAUUUAUUGUGGUUUUUUUUUUUUUUCAUGAAAUCUCCAAAGUCUUUGGUCCUUUGAUUUUGUUGCAUAUUUUGGAUGGCUUUGUUGUUUCAAUCAGCAGCAGAUAUAAAUUAUUUUCUAUCUUAAGCCUCUGGUAGCCUAGCAACACAGACGAUGGACUUCACAGAAAUUAUGGGAUGCGUUCACCAUAUCCAGAGGUGUUUUAUGAGUGCCUGUGAUAAACGUCAUACUGUAUAGAGACUACAGUAUCACUCGCUGGAAAGAUUAAAAGUCAGAUGUUUAGAAGGCCAUCUAAUUUAUCAUGAACUGCGAGUCAUUUUUGUUCAGUUUGCAUGACUUUUUCUCAGCAUAGUUUACAUCAUUAACUACAAAUGAACUGCAAAAAGUUUUUCAGCCUCAUUGACUUGCACUGCUGAAAAAGGCUUCUGUUAUUUCAAAAAAACCAAAAUACUGAUGCAAGUACUGUUUGUGAGCUGCAAUGACUCCUAGCUUGUGAUAAUUCAGAUGGACUUCUUAAAACUUGAGUUGUCCCUGUAGUCUCAGAAUUGGGAUUAUUUGGGUGAUUAGACUGUAAAUUUACAGCUUUUGUGUAAAUAGGAAGUUGUCAUUUUUUUCUCCCUGCUGAUCUUGUGCACAGACUUUGACUUUCUAGUAAUUAAAAUGUCAGAUGCAGUGUGGAAAUAAAUUUCAUCUGUCAAAA